AUGGAUCAUUCUGAGGUGCUCAGUGACUACAGGCAUGGUACUGUGAUAGGAUGCCUCCUUUGCAAUAAGAUGAUUCAUGAAAUUUCAUCCCUGCUGGAUAUUCCACGGUCACAUGAUUCAUGUGGAUUGAACAAGACCAUGGUGAUGGAGUUCAUUCUUCUGGGUUUUGGAAAUCUCCAACAUUAUAAGAAUUUGGUGUUUGAGUUAUUUCUUAUAGUUUAUCUCAUCACUCUUUCUGGAAAUAUUCUUAUUAUUAUUUUGAUAACUUACAGCCCAAGACUCCAUUCUCCAAUGUACUACUUUCUCUGUAAUUUGUCUGCAUGUGAAAUGAUUUUCAUCUCCAUUGUUAUGCCAAACAUACUUUAUAUUGUGUGGUGGAAUGGAGGAUCUAUGUCCUUAUAUGGUUGCAUCUCUCAGCUCUACUUGGCACCAUCGAUUGGAUGUGCUGAGUGUCUUCUCCUUACAGUUAUGGCAUAUGACAGAUACCUGGCCAUCUGCAACCCUUUGAGAUAUUCCUCAAUUAUGAACAUCAGGACUCGUAACCACCUCGUGGUUUGGGUUUGGCUCUUUGGACUUAUAGUGAUGAUCAUCCCAACAGCUACAGUCUGCAAGUUACAGUUCUGUGAUUCAAACACUAUUGAUGAUCUGUUUUGUGAUCUAGCUCCACUUUUACAAUUGUCUUCUACAGAUACUGCCCUGGUAGAAAUGGAAGCCAUUCUGAUAGCUAUUAUUAAAGUGGAAGCAUUUAGGAAAAAACAGCAACUUAAUCAUGAAGCAGAAGACCAUGUAAAAUCACUCAGUGGGUCAACGACUGCUAAGGCACAUGAUCAAAGCAGACCAUCAACUGGUUCAACAGGAUUUUCUAGUUCAGUAAGAGGAUUCAUGUGGAAUGAACAAGACCAUGGUGAUGGAGUUCGUUCUUCUGGGUUUUGGAAAUCUCCAACAUUUUAA